AUGCCGGGACCAAUAUCAACCCAACUGAGCUUCCUUUCACUUCCGGCAGCAGCACGGGGAUGGACUGAAGUGGGAGCGGUGGGACUUGUCUCUCCAAUCGCACCCAAGCUUGGGGGCGGCAAGUCACUUAGGAAUUGGUUGGCUGUCCCGAUGGGUCACAGGAGUAUCGGGGUUGCGGACGUCGGUGUUGCGGAAGUUGAUGUGGACGUCGUCAGUGCCAACGACAUUGCUGGCGACGACGAUGCUGGCGUUAACCGGGUUAUUGGCCACGAAGUCGUUGGCGGCGACGACACGGUUGACAAUAACCAAGUUACCAUCACAAUGCUACCAGUCACGACAUCGCUGGCGGCGAUGACGCGCGACGACGCGCUUGGCGUUAACAGUCUGAUGAAGAAGGUGACGAAGGAAGUUCGAUUCUUUUCAGCUAGAACGACAGGACUGGAGAUGAAAGAAAAGAGAAGAGGGAGGAGAGAAGAGGGAAACGACGGAGAGAAAGAAAAGUACAACCGAAUCCCUCCCACCACGUGA